AUGAAGACAAAUGUUCGCUUAUUCAUUUUCUUUUUAUAUACGAUAAAAAUAACAAUUCCGGAACUGUUAUCUCAUACGAUUAUAAAAUUUGAACCAUUUGAAGCUAAAAAUGUUUUACCUCUACAACAUUUCAACACAUCAAACACUACAAUUAUUGAUACAAAGUUUCUCAUUCAUGACGUGAAAACACUUCAAAAGCGGCAUAUUCAAAGAGUAUUUUACACAUCGAAUAAUUUAUUGGAUCAACGUAUUCAUGGAAAUGUUGUUCCACAGUGCCCAUGCGUAAUUAAACCUGGUACAGAUAAAUGCAUUGCCUAUGAUUCUCGAUAUCAGGCUGCUUCUAUCGAAGAAGCGCUUGUGGCAUUUCCAGAUGUUACAAUGGAUGAUGAUAGUCUAAAAUAUCCCACUAGUGGCAUCAUCAAUGCUGAAUUAUUCGCAUGUCGAACACUGGAAUGUCAAACGUGUGCAGCAAUUCUACUCAAACGUAUAAAACAAAUUGGAAUGGUACCAUUGGAUCUGCAAGUUUCAAUUCCACUUCCCAGAACCAUUGAUCCGAGAAAUUGUCGAAGACUUCGAUUUCUUAGAUCAUAUCCUGUAUCACAUCCACCUCAAGCUUCAUAUUAUAUGAGGACACUAAUUGAACGCGGUUUGCGAUAUAUCGGUGUUUUCGGACAACAACGAGUUAUUCAUCCCACAUCAAGAAAUCAUUUUUGGCAACCGACUCGACCACCACCUCAACCAAUUAUAUUCCCUCCUCCACAUAUUCAACCACAUCAAUUUCAAUUCCCAUUCUUCCAACCACAACAUCACCCACCACAGUAUCCAAUUCAACAACCAUGGAUUCCUCGUUUUGGAUUUCCUGAAUCGUCAAUUCAGCGUCAAAUCGGAACUUCGGAACAGAUGCAUCAACAUAGCGGAACAGAAACUUCGGAACAGAUGCAUCAACAUAGCGGAACAGGAACUUCGGAACAAAUGCAUCAACAUAGCGGAACAGAAACUUCGGGACAGAUGCAUGAACAUAGCGAAGCAGAAACUAUGGAACAGAUGCAUGAACAUAGCGAAACAGAAACUUGGGGACAGAUACACGAUAGUGGCAAGAAAAAAGUUAAAAGAAAAGCUGAACCACCUGUUUUAGGAAUACGUUAUAUGAUAUCUUGCGUACAACGUGGUGAAGGAGAUGAUGAUAACAUGUUGGCACUUUGUAGUGCUUGUUGGACUUGGCGUAAAUUACCACCCGAUUAUUUCCCACCCUUAAUCAAUGAACUUGUUUGCUCCAAAGAAAAUGGAGAUCAUUGCUUAUCCGGAUGGGGAAAAUGUCAGCAAAAAUAUCGAAAUUUUGAUGUGCUACGAAAUGUCAACGGAAAUUGGCAACCAACAACGAUCUCAACAGCAACAUGCUGUGAUUGUCGAAUUCGGGCAGGCACUGAAAUACAUCCACUUGUAAUUGGUAAACGGCAGAAUUGA